AUGCAGUCCCUCCCAGACACGCGACAACAGUCCUUCGAUGAGAUCUACGGACCGCCUGAGAACUUUCUGGAGAUCGAGGUCCGCAACCCACGAACCCACGGUAUCGGCCGUCACAUGUAUACCGACUACGAGAUCGUAUGUCGCACCAACAUCCCCGCCUUUAAGCUGCGGCAGUCGACGGUGCGCCGUCGCUACUCGGACUUUGAGUACUUCCGCGACAUCCUGGAGCGCGAGAGCGCUCGCGUGACGAUCCCCCCUCUUCCGGGCAAGGUGUUCACCAACCGGUUCAGCGACGACGUAAUCGAGGGCCGCAGGGCCGGGUUGGAGAAGUUCCUCAAGAUCGUCGUGGGACAUCCCCUGCUGCAAACAGGGAGCAAAGUGUUGGCUGCUUUUGUGCAGGACCCCAACUGGGACCGCAACGCAUGGUGA